UACGAAUAGAAGGGGUUUUUGAGAGAGGAGUGGAAGCAAGUGGAAGCGUGGAGCUGACAAACGGAGGGAAGUAGGGGAGUUCAGUCAAGCCGUAGCGCGCCGGCCGUUGCUGAUAAAUCCGUCAGUGUUUGUUGGUGACGACUGACGAGUGCGAACCACACGUUUAUAAAAUAAUAAAUACGAUCGGCAGUUUAAUCAUCGAAAUUUAUAGGUGUCUGGUCCAGGGAUUCUGGAAACAUGGGGGAUACGAAGACUGAACACAUUGUGAUGACGCCGAAAUGCAAGACUGCUAAUUCAACGACACUGAUCAUCGAGAGACAGACGGUGGAUCGUCUUCCUGAGAAGAAUCAAAGGGACGUCCAUGUGGCAGGGGGCGAUCACAAGGGGAUUGUCAUCAAUAAACAUGCAGCUGCAGCGAAUGGGAUCUCGAGGCCUGCCCAACUUGGUCUCGAGUUUCGAGUCUUUCUCGUCAGUGCACAGACCAAAAAACAUACCCAGGAGUCUAGGAGACUUCAAUUCUGGUUUGUUAAUUCAUUACCAGAGGUUGAACAACCUCAUGUGGCUCAGGAGUUCUUCAGGGAGCUGGUGAGUCCUCAGGAAUUUCCUAGAGAUUACGUCGGCUUCAUCAAGAAGAUAAUGAAACUGAUGCAGCACAAAUAUCCAAACAUAAAGAAACUGGAGGUAGAGCUGAAACAGCUGGAGGAACCAAUCACUUUACCAACGAGACCAUCUCGAAGUGGCAACUGUCUGUACACUCUACCGAGAAAGAAAAGUGUUCGGAUAUCAGUGUCCAUUGAUGAGACAGUCAUUGGACAGGCAGUAGAAUUGACCUCUGAGAAGGUAUUGGAGCUGAUAGAAUCCGCCUACCCGAAUCCAGUCAAUGUGGAGGACAUGGCAAAGGAGUACAAUUGGGAGCCUGAUGCAGUGACUGGCAUAAUGCUGGCCCUCGAGAAAAAGGGAGUGGUGAAGGCUAUGGGUCUUGGUGCUUUCACGAGAGUAGCUCAUCAAGACACUCAAAUUAAAGUGGUAAAACAAAUGCCAACCAUGGCGAGUGCAAAACAGCCAACAAUAGCGAUAAUCACAGCUCAAUACUGCGAAAAACUGGCAGUUGACUCGAUGAUCGAGAAUAAAGAGACCUUUGUGCGCUACACAACUGUUGGUACUCCAAGCUCACCAGACUCCGUCGAUGGGGGUAUUCCGAAAGUCAUUUGCCGAUUUGGAGAAUCAAACGUGUACACCCUCGGCAACAUCGGUGCCCAUAGAAUAGUCUGCACAAAGCUGCCGACAGUUGGACACACGAGAGAAGCAAUGACAGCAGCUGGAAAUACAACAACUCGUCUGCUGGGCACCUUUCAAAAAGUCGACUAUGUCUUUCUGGUGGGAGUGGGGGGUGGAGUGCCCCAUUAUACCGACUACAAUAAGCACGUGAGACUGGGUGAUGUAGUUGUCUCCCACCCGACUCCACUCAACAACAAAUACGUCUACAUCUACUGUGAAGGGGCUAAAUCGAACGAGGAUGAGAGUUAUCACUUUGACACGAAGGAGUAUUGUCCAUCGAACCUGGGAAUCCAGGAGAUAUCCCAGACCCUCAAGACGCAGGCAGAUGAGGAGUCGAGCCCUCCCUGGAGGAAUUACCUUAAAGAAGGUCUGGAGAACCUGGGCAAUCUUCAGUCUCAGCACGACUUCCAAAGACCCCCAGACGAAUCAGAUAAACUGUACAUGGCCAUUGGGGAGAGGGAUAUCAUCGAGGUGGAACACCCUGCAGCCCCUCAGGACACAGCCAAGAGGACCAACUGUCCCAAGAUCCAUCUGGCACCUGUAGCCUCAGGUCGAAUAGUCUCUCGUGACGAUCAACUCAGACAGAUUUUCGCCUCUCGUUUUGGUUGUUUAGCUUUUGAUGCUGAGAUGGAUGCAGUCGUGGAGAGCAUUCUUGGCAAUUGUAGGGAUAGUUUUGCUGUGGUCAGGGGCAUAGCUGAUUACAAGGAUGGGGCCAGGGGGAAAGAGUGGCAGCCCUACGCUGCCCUGGCUGCUGCCAGUGUCGUCAAGUCCAUCAUUUGUGCUAUGGAUCCACCUACUAAUGUCUAAAUUUGAGGUGAUGUUUAAUCAAAUGAAUUUCCAGCUAGUUAGUAAUUGUCAGAAAGUAUUCGUGAAAUUCUUCUUCUGCGGAGAAGAUUUAAGGAGUUACACAACUUUUUAUUUCUAGGCUAAAAAUAUUUUAAAGACCAUUUUGGCAUUUUUUUCAACCCUAAUGCCAAGUAAUUUUUCAUGUGGAGAAUUGAGCAACUUCAAUUGCCAUCUAAUUGAGAAUUGCAUCAAAUACAUGAGUCAAAAAAAUUAUUCUCAGUAAAAUAUUGAAAAAAAACGCCGUCAAAAUAUUCAAUCAAAUAUUUCUGGUAUUUAAAAAAGUGAUUGAAAAUUUAUUUAUAUUUUCAACUGAAUAUUGAACCAAAGUAAAGUUGUUUAUAUAUUAUAGUGCAGCUCUUUGAUUCAUAUUUCCAAUAGAAUUGAACUAAAAAAAAGCGUUCCUGAUGAAUCAGUUUUUAGGAUUAAAAAUUGAAGAAAAAACCACCCUCAACCAAAGGAGGGAAAUAUUGGAAAUAUAUGAUAAAUAAAUGAAUAAGCUUUACAAUAGGAUAAAACAAGAAGAAUAAUAUAAAAUUUAUGUGCCAGCGUGUUCAAAUAUACGAAAAGUACUGCCAUAAUUCAUGAUAAUCGUUGAAUAUUUCAAACAGUUUAAAAAAUAAAUAAAACAAUGAGAAAAAUAAACGUAAAAGCACAGGGUAGUUUUAAUGAGAGAUAAUUAUGGCGUUUGAAACACCAUUUUAUCCAAGUGGACUUGGAUUCAAAAAGAGAAUAAUUAAAUUAAACAAUAGAUUAUGCAUUUGCGGCAGAAUUUAGUCGAAUUGAGGAUAUUUAUUUAUUUAUUUUCAUUCGCAGUCUGUAAUAUUUAGUUUAUUUAAAACUAGACGAAAAUCUAAAAUUCAUACUCACUAAUUAGUGAGUAUGAAAAUAUAAUAGAGUUAUAUCAAAGAUGAGAGUACUCGAGAAUAAUUUCAAAUUCAAAUUAUCGGAUAAAACCUAGAAGUAAUUAUUUGACUAUCAUUCUUAACCGCACGUUGACGCUAGUCGCCGUAAAACUGUGUUUCCUCGUAUAAUUAAUAAUAAUAUAAGUUAAUUUAGAUUUUAUCCAAUGGUGCAGUGCACGGAGUCAGCCUCUCCCAUAGACUACUUAUUCCGUCUCGCUUUUAUGUAUUAUUAUAUCAUAAAAAAUGUCUUCCAAUGGACCAAUUGAGUAGAAACUACUUCAUUAUUCAUAAUUUCGUAAUUUUUCAAUGCGUUAUAGAACUGUCGUUAAUUGUCACUAAAUUCAUUCAACACGAAGAGAAGAAAAAUAAAGAAAUCAUCGGUACCAUGAGAAUUAA